UGGUCGAACUGUACUACGACGUUCGAUUGGCUAAAUUUUCACUUCCGCAAUAUGGCGGUGUGUGUUGCUGUCAUUGCUAAAGAGAAUUACCCGCUGUUCAUCAAGACGAUUCCCACGGAUAACGAGCUGCACUUCUACUACACGGUUCACACCUCGCUGGACGUGGUCGAGGAAAAGAUCAGCACAGUGAGGAAGAACGCCAGCGACGUCCGCGAGCUCUACCUCGGACUGCUGUACCCAACCGAAGACUACAAAGUAUAUGGCUAUGUUACCAACACAAAAGUGAAGUUUGUUAUCGUAGUUGAGACGUCAAAUACUACACUCCGGGAUAACGACAUCAGAGCGAUGUUCAGAAAACUUCAUAAUGGCUAUGUUGACAUGCUGUGUAACCCUUUCUACACACCAGGGGAAAACAUUACAUCAAGAAAUUUUGAAAAUACUGUUAUUUCCAUGAUGCAGCAGGACUGAGUGUCCUGAGUGUUCCAAAAAACAUUUCAAAAUAGGAUGUCUACACACAGUGGAUGUGCAGUAAAAUCCAGGCUGAACAUCAUGCAACAACAAAUUGUGUGCAGAAGUGGACUAGAGGUGGUGAGGGACCUCAAUCAGGCACCAGCCCCCAUUUUUAGUGAUGAACAUUGUGGGUUGAAUUUACAAAGCCUGUUUUUUGUCUUACACGCAUGUAACUACAUACAUUUACAAUACUUAAACACAUGCGUUUAAGAAAAUGUGGCCCUACAGGGGUGCAGAAAGUACUUGCCCGGUCGCCAAAUGCGAGUAAAAAUUCUGACAGACAAGUUAAAGAAAAUAAAAAGUAUCAUUCUUGCCAUUACAUUGAGGCAUUAAUUAUAGCCAAAUCGGUUUCGUUUUCACCAACAAAAACGGUUCCGUUUUGAUAGUGGUUCCAAUUUAACCUAAUUCCUAGGAAAUGGGGCCUGUCAAAGGUCAAUAGUUUCUAAAAAUUAUUUGUUUACGUUGAAAGUAUGUUAGCGAUAUGUAAAUUUUGUAAAUCUAUAUGAAAGAAAUGUCAAUAACAUAGUCUUGAUCAGAAUAUUUCAACAUGUAUUGAUUUGUCAAUCAAGGUUUGGGGUUUGAUUUCGUUCUUUUGCCAGGUGAUGUUGAUAACUUACCAAGUGUCCUUUAUAUUUUUGUCAUUAAAUAUAUAAAUAUAUAUUAAAAUAUUGCUGAACAAAAGUAUAUUUUCUAGGCUGACGGACUAGUAGAAAUUCUGGUGGGCUAGUACAUUUUAGUAGUUUCUGGUCCGGCGGGCUAAUGAAAUAUUUUCCAUUUCUGCACCCCUGCCCUAUAUGUUGUUCCUUGUUUGUAUUUAAUAUCAGUGUUCCAGUCAAUGCGAUCAGCUGCAACCCCAUCACAAGAUCAUGAAUCUGUUCCUGUAUAUAUUUAUAUGACAAAAACAAAUCAGUAGUCUGUAAUUGUGUUCAUGUUGGGUGCAUGAAAACAUGUGGAUUGAUGUAGGUUCUUGAAUAAAACAAAAAUGUGUUUAUAA